GGAAUGCUCCCAUCAUCCACAGCCACAAACGACUUCCAAGUACUCUCCGAAAACUUCACUCUCACAAGAGAAUCUUCUCCUCUCUCUCCCUUCCAUAAUCAUCCGCGGCCAUGGAUUCUUCAUCUCAUUCCUCGCAUCUCUGCUUCUUUCUGCUUUUGGCUCUUCUCUUCCAAUCUUCGCUCGCUGGCCGGAUGCUCCAGGUCGACUUAGAAAAGCAGCCGCUUACCAUCACCUACCACAAGGGCGCUCUUCUCUAUGGCCCGAUCUCCCUCAACCUCAUUUGGUAUGGUAAGUUCUCCGCCUCCCAGCGAUCCAUCGUCUCCGAUUUCGUCGCAUCCCUCUCAUCCGGCUAUCACCAGAACAACAAGCCCUCCGUGUCAUCCUGGUGGGCGAUGACCGAGAAGUAUUACGUUCAAUCGAAGAAAAUGCCGCCUCUUCUCACCCUCGGUGAUCAGAUUAUUGACGAGGGCUACUCCUUAGGCAAAUCCUUAAAGAACUCAGACAUUGCGGCUCUCGCAACGAAAGGCAGGCCUCGGCAGGCCAUGAAUGUCGUCUUAACGUCGGAUGACGUAGCGGUCGAGGGUUUCUGUAUGAGCCGUUGCGCGACCCACGGAUCCUCUCCCCGGUCCAAAGCUGGCCGGUUCGCCUACAUCUGGGUGGGUAACUCGGCGGUGCAGUGUCCCGGCCAGUGUGCAUGGCCCUUCCAUCAACCGGUGUACGGUCCGCAGGCUCCACCCCUUGUGGCGCCUAACGGAGACGUCGGAGUUGACGGCAUGGUGAUGAAUCUGGCGAGCAUGAUAGCCGGAGCUGUUACUAACCCCUUCGGCGGCGGUUUCUUUAUGGGCCCGAAGACAGCGCCGCUUGAGGCGGCGACGGCGUGCCCGGGGGUUUACGGUAAGGGAGCGUACCCUGGUUACGCCGGCGAGCUUCUAUUGGAUUCCGUCACCGGUGCAAGCUACAACGCCAAUGGGGCUCACGGGAGGAAGUAUCUGCUUCCGGCGAUCUUUGAUCCGUUAACGGCUUCGUGCUCUUCUUUGGUGUAGAUUUUAGCGAGUUGCUGAGUAAUUAUAAAGGAUUAUUAGAUCAUUAGAUCUGCAUAGGUGGAAUGCUUUAAAUCUGCAAUUCUUUCAUUGGUUGAAUGUGUUU